AUGGCAUCCCCUCCGAUAUCGCGCGAGCCGUCUGCUUCCUCUUCAGGCUCGGCUCCUUCCAGCGCUACCGCAUCGACCUUCUACGAACGCCGCGCGGCUCAGGCGCAAUUGAUGGAGCUUCGAGACGACGUAAUGGAGUGGCUCCGGUGGGCCCGUAGGGCCGUCUAUCUUCAGCUUACUUUCGAGGCCAACUCCCUGGUUGCGCAGCGGAACGGGCACGAGUCCCCCGGCAAUCCUCCCUCCACUAUUGAGGUGUUGAACCGGCUGUCUGACACCGUAGCCGAACGCGCUUUCGCAGUUGGGGCACCUUACCAGGCCUAUGCGGCCCAGCUUCGUGCUGACAUCGAGAACCGGGUCGGCCUCCGGGAUGACCUGCGCGCCGCGCGCUGGAAUGAUGCUCCCCUGGUGCUCAGCGAGCAUGUUUUCACCGUCGUUGGCCCAUCCAUCCUUCCUCCGCUGGUCCCCUCGACCCUACCACCCCCGGUACAAUAUAAGGGUCCCUUUGAGAUGUGGUACAUUGGUCCUCACCCGCUCAUUUCUCGGUCCCAAGCACGCGGCUACGAUUUCCGCACUUCCGUGCAGGGACGAGUUCACGGCAACGUCCCCCGCAACCUUCUCAGCGCAUUCCGGGAUGAUCAGCCUGGCCCUUCCACUCCCGCCGCGCCUCCUGUUCCCGGUCCGUCUUCCCGUCCCACUCCCCCUCUUCCCCGCACUGGCGCCAUACGGGACCGUGCCCGGAGGCUCAGGACCGACGCCGCUCGAGCUGAGGCUCUUUACACCGCCCGAUUCUCAAAGGCGUCCCAGGACCACGAGCCUUCCGGUGGGCGGGAGGGGGUCGACGAUGUCAAGGAGGAUGAGGACAUGCCGCUACCGGGUGGUGAUGACCCGGAGUCCGAGGAGAAUGCAUAG